AUGAUGCUCCCCAGAUGGGCUUUCAGGCCUUCGCGGCAAGCUAUACGUACACUAGCAACCGCUGCUCCUCGCGGUCCUCGAGGUACAAUAGGAAAACGAGCGCCACCUUCAAGACUACCACCACGAAUACCACGCCGACCGGAGGAUCCGCCAGCUACACCACCAGCCCAGGAGCGCGGCGAGCACUCGAAAGUAGAGGCGGUAUCCGAUGCACUCCGAACGGCUGACAAGCAAGAGAACAAUCUCCUCUCGCCGGUCCAUAUACCGGAGGAUCCCCAUGGCAUACUCAAGGAGACACACCCGGCGACGUCGCUGCUCUCCAACUCGUCGAUCAUUGUGCAGCGCCAGCUGGAGAUGAUGAAUGUGAUGCUGGGGUUCGAGCAGGCGAACCGAUACGUCAUCAUGGAUCCGAACGGGAAUCACAUUGGGUAUCUGGCGGAGCAAGAGCAUGGCUUGGGGAAUGCGGUGGCAAGGCAGGCCUUCCGGACGCAUCGAAGCUUCACCACGCACGUUUUUGACAGAAAUGAGAGGGAGGUACUGAGAUUCCACCGGCCCUUCGCCUGGAUAAACUCCCGCAUCCGCGUCUUCGAUGCUGUGCACGGCAGCACGCCCGAAACGUACACUCCAUCCACCGCCCUACAGAACACGAGCGCAAACUCCAUCGCCAACCAGACCUCCGCCCAGAUAUCCCCGCUACCUCUAUCAGACAUGCGCCUCAUCGGCGAAGCCCAACAGCAAUGGGCGCCCCUCCGCCGACGCUACAACCUCUUCCUGCACCGCAACAUUUCCGACCUCGAGCGCGACAGCAACGCCCCGCAGCUCUCCUCAGGCGACCUCCCCCUCUCCUCCUCCAAAGCCCUCGAGGUCGCCGAGAGCGCCGACAAGUCUGGCAGCUUCAUCCAAUUCGCCUACGUAGACGAGCCCUUCCUCUCCUGGGACUUCACGCUGCGCGCCGCCGACGACCGCCUCAUCGGGUCCGUGAACCGCAACUUCGCGGGCUUCGCGCGGGAGAUCUUCACCGAUACGGGCGUGUAUGCCCUGCGCAUGGAUGCGGCGGGCUUAGCGGCUGAGCCGAACCACCUGAUUUCGAGGACCGCGAGGGGCGCGGAGGCCGUGCCGGGUAUGACGCUUGAUCAGAGGGCGGUUAUGCUUGCCACGGCUGUCAGUAUCGACUUCGACUAUUUUAGCCGGCAUAGUGGCUCUGGUGGGUUCGGUUUUAUGCCGCUCUGGUUCCCCAUGGGCGGGGAAGCUGCUGGCGCAGGUGCUGCUGGGGGCGCCGCUGCGGGAGAAGUCGGUGCCGCUGAAGGCGCGGCGGGUGCAGCAGGCGCUGCCGGAAAUGCCGCAAGAGGACUCGGCGCAGGCGAGGGCGCAAUAGCCGGUGCGGGCACAAUGGCCGGCUAUGAAGCUAUGCAGCGAGGAGCGUAUGGCAAUAGGGGCGCGCAGGAUGACGCGUCGCCUACCGCCGCUCCGCCUACAGAGGGCCAGCCUCCGCCUCAGGAAGGCCAGCCUGGCGCUCCGAACCAGGGCGAGGAUGUUUGGGGUCAGCAGGAUCCUUGGGACAAUAACAAAGACCAGGGAGGGUUGCCAUGGGGUGGUGGUGAUCAGGGUGGAGGCGGUGGAGGCGGUGGAGGCGGAGGUGGAGGAGGAGAUGGUGGUGGGGACUGGGGUGACUGGUUCUAG